AUGGAAGGAUUGGAUACCCUGAUUCAGAGAUUGCUGGAAGGAAAGGUCAAUAGAGGCAAAAGGAUUCCUCUAGUAGAGACCGAAGUUCGCCAGCUUUGCAUCACUGCUAAAGAAGUCUUUCUCAGGCAGCCUCUUCUUCUUGAAUUGGCAGCUCCCAUCAAUGUUUGUGGUGAUAUACAUGGUCAAUAUCAUGAUCUCUUGCGUCUUUUUGAGUUAGGCGGAUUUCCGCCUGAUGCAAAUUACGUGUUUCUUGGAGACUAUGUAGACAGAGGAAAACAGAGCAUAGAGACAAUAUGCCUUCUCCUUGCUUACAAGAUCAAAUAUCCAGACAACUUUUUCCUCCUCCGGGGGAACCACGAAUGUGCUUCCAUCAACAGAAUCUAUGGAUUCUAUGACGAAUGCAAGCGUCGGUUCAGCGUCCGGCUAUGGAAAGUCUUCACAGAAUGCUUUAAUUGUUUGCCUGUCGCCGCGGUCAUUGAUGACAAGAUCUUCUGCAUGCAUGGUGGCCUAUCUCCUGAGUUGGAGAGCUUGGAUAAGCUCAGAGCUAUACAGAGGCCGGUUGAUGUGCCGGACCAGGGACUAUUAUGUGACAUUCUUUGGUCUGAUCCAGAUAGAGACAUUAAAGGGUGGGGUGAGAAUGAUAGGGGUGUUUCGUAUACUUUUGGACCUGAUAGGGUAGCUGAGUUCUUGAUGAAACAUGAUAUGGAUCUCAUAUGCCGGGCACACCAGGUUGUUGAAGAUGGUUACGAAUUCUUUGCAGAAAGGCAGCUGGUUACCAUAUUCUCUGCACCAAACUAUUGCGGAGAGUUCAACAAUGCAGGUGCCUUAAUGAGAGUGGAUAAGAGUUUGCUUUGCUCAUUUCAGCUAGUGAAACCUUGGAGAGGGAAAGGUGUAGAAUAUUGA